GAAGCGGGCUUUGACGGCGGAAGAAAGCAGCAUCAUCAGUAAACAAGCCGUUCUUGUCUUGGUUAAUACUCUCACGGAUUACUGAGGUUACUGAACUGUCCUCUUGGCUGCUUGAUCACUGAGUGUAACUGUUAACUGCUAACGCUGUGCAGGACAGUCCAAAUAACAACUAUACACUACCUCCAGUAAGUCUGCAGAUGUUUCAGUGUUACACACUGGCCUCAAAGUCAACCCUGCAAAAACACCCAAACAUCUCAAGAGCAGCUUUAAAUCACAACAGAGUGCAAAAAAGGGGGUAGAAGAGAGUAACGAUGCCUCUGGAUCUGGGAAUGUACGAGCGCCGCGCAGAUUACAAGUCUGAAAAACAGUGCCAGAGAACCUCGCUAGCUUUCUAUCAGGCUGUGCGGGAUCUGCUGCCGGUGUGGCUGCUGGAGGACAUCCGCGCCACUGAAGCGUUCCACUGGGAAGACGAAGGUCGCGCAUGCGCUUUCUCGCCGUCCGAAGCGCUGCUCUACGCGCUCGUCCACGACCACCAGCAGUACGCGCGCCACCUGCUCCAGCGCUACUCCGUGCACGCGCUGGCCAUGCCGAGCGCGAGCUUCCGCUGCUGCGCGCACUCCGCCACCCCGCAUGUCGCCGUGGCCGUGCGCUACAACCGCACGAGCAUUCUCAAAAUCAUGAUGGACACCCUCAAGGACUUCGCGGACGAAGGCGAGAAAAAGCUGCUGUUGAAUCACCGCGGGUGCGCGCACGCAGAGGGAGGCAAAACGGCGCUACAUCUGGCGUGCGACCUCGCGCGCCCUGAGUGUUUGCUGCUGUUGCUGGGCCACGGCGCGUGCCCGUACGUCACAGAUCGUGCAGGAGACACACCUCUGGACUGCCUGCUGCAACAAAUCAGCCAAAGUGACAUGGACAUGCGUACGAAGCGCGUGUGCCUCGGAUAUCUGGUGCUGUUCAUGCCCGCGCUACGCUUCCGCAUGCGCACGGAGCUGCGGGAGAAGCCCGCACUGUGGAGCCGCCUCAUCGGGGAGCAGGCGCUCCAGUGGCUCUCUGGUCAAUGUCCACCAUCGCUGUUCGUGCAAUGCAUGCGCAAAGUGACGCGAUCCGUCCCUGACGAACAGCUCGAGUCCCUGCCUGAUUUCCUCAGACCACCUGAUUUCAGACUGCACCAGUCUUAACGCGUGAAGGACAUAUCCUCUCUCUGCCUGUGACUGAUGGCAUCAACACGGUCCCUUAUUUAAAAAAGUGUGUAAAAAGUUUGGAACGCUUCAAGUUAGGACAAGAUGUGGAAACUGGUUCUGUGCUGUUUUUGCGGGUUGAUGAAAUAGACCAUCUAGGACUGCUACACUAAUUACUGCACUGUAAAUAUGUCAAUGUUGUAAAAUAGAAUGAUACCAAGUGACGCUUGGUAACUGUUUUAAAAAUAUUUUUAAAAAAUAUAUAUUUUUUUGUGAAAACUA